AUUUUCUUUAAAAAAGAAAGAAACACAAAGAUAAAGCAGGCUCCCAGUGUUGUUGCUGCAGUGUAUUCAGCUGUGUGUCUGAGCCAGAAAGAAAAAUCCCCAAUGGAUAAGAGGGAAAUCUCAGCCUGUAGCCUGAUGAUCAUAAAAUAUGAAGAAAAGAAGUUUGCUUGAACUGUCUGCAAACCACUGAUUUCAAGAGUGCAUCAGUUUCCAACUGCAUAUACAUCGUUGGCUGGGACUACAUUUUUCCUCUGUCAGAUACCUGCCUGUCAGCCUCUGCCAGUAAGGAGUAAGCAUUAGAGACAAAUUGUAAAGCUGGAAGAGGGAUGAGAGAUUUGCUUUUCCUAUUCACAUUUUAUUUCUAUCAAAUCCCUAGAGGAGGCCCUCUGGGUUUGCACGUCACAGCACUUACAGACUACAGAGAGUGUCAAUAAAUAACCUUCACUUCCCAAUCUCCUGGACCAGAAGAGGCUGGAAUACACAGCUCAAUAGAAGACCUUCAAUGAGCCCAGAAAACUGACAAAGGAUCAGAUAUUGCAACAGGAAUUAUAUAUUUAGGCACAACAUACUCACAUACUACACCCUCCUGAACCUGUAGAGAAACACAGCUUUCACAUCCUUAAACAAACCUGUGUAUUCACAUACACAGCUCCUGCCCAAACCGUUGCACCCCCACACUCUCUCCGACACAGCUGCACACUCACACAACACACCUGCACUCAGAGCUCCAGCUUCAGUGUGCUCCGACUGCAGAUGCAUGCAGAAAACUGAUCAUUGUAUGUAAAUCAACCAAUAUCUGAUGCUACGAGGCUGACAUACCAUCACCGCUUGGAUACAGCCCUUGUUUGCCUACAAGGAUGUCAGUUUCCAACACCAGCGACAACAGUCUCCCAACCACUCUCUUCCUGACUGGGAUCCCAGGGCUGGAGUCUGCCCACUUCUGGAUUGCCAUCCCUUUCUGUGCCAUGUAUCUUGUAGCACUGGCUGGUAAUUCUGCCCUCAUCCUGGUUAUUGCAAUGAAUAAUGCCCUUCAUGCACCCAUGUACCUCUUCCUUUGUCUUCUCUCACUCACCGACUUGGCUCUCAGUUCUACCACUGUGCCCAAAAUGCUGGCCAUUUUGUGGUUCCAUGCUGGUGAGAUUUCCUUUGCUGGAUGCCUUGCCCAGAUGUUUUGUAUUCAUUCUGUCUAUACUCUGGAGUCCUUAAUUCUUCUUGCCAUGGCCUUUGAUCGAUACGUGGCUAUCUGCAACCCACUGAGAUACUCAGUCAUUCUCAACCAUACUGUCAUAGGCAAAAUUGGUCUUGUUGGCAUAUUCCGUAGUGUGGCUAUUGUCUCUCCCUUCAUCUUCUUGCUGAGGCGACUGCCCUACUGCGGUCACCAUGUCAUGGCACACACAUACUGUGAGCACAUGGGCAUUGCUCGCCUGGCCUGUGCCGACAUCACUGUCAAUAUUGUCUAUGGGCUGACUGUGGCUCUGCUGGCCAUGGGUCUGGAUUCCAUCCUCAUUGCCAUCUCCUACGGCUUUAUUCUCCAUGCAGUCUUUUGUCUCCCAACUCGGGAUGCCCAGCACAAGGCUUUGAGUACCUGUGGCUCCCACCUCGGUGUCAUUCUGGUGUUCUACAUCCCUGCCUUCUUCUCAUUCCUCACCCAUCGCUUUGGCCACCACCGAGUCCCCAAGCAUGUGCACAUCUUUCUGGCUAAUCUCUAUGUUCUGGUGCCUCCUGUACUCAAUCCUAUUAUCUAUGGAGUUAGAACCAGGGAGAUUCGCAGUCGAUUUCUAAGACUACUUCACUUGGGGAAGAUCUCAAUAUGAGUUCUGAACAGAAGUUGGAUAUAAGAAAAAUAAACUGGUAGAAUAGAUGUCUAGAUGCAUUUACAUGUACAGACACCUAUGAU